UUUUUUUCAUCAGUCAACAGUCGAUUUCCAUACAAAACAGUCGUCAAUUCAUCAGUCAUGAGCGGAAGAGGCAAAGCAGGAAAAGCGAAAGGAGGCAAGUCCAAGACCAGAUCGUCCCGUGCCGGACUCCAGUUCCCGGUCGGUCGUAUCCAUCGUUUGUUGAGAAAGGGAAAUUACGCCGAGCGCGUCGGAGCCGGAGCACCGGUUUACCUGGCCGCAGUCAUGGAGUACUUGGCAGCCGAAGUUUUGGAGCUGGCCGGUAACGCCGCCCGUGACAACAAGAAGUCUCGCAUCAUCCCUAGGCAUUUGCAAUUGGCCAUCAGGAAUGACGAGGAGUUGAACAAAUUGUUAUCCGGAGUGACUAUUGCUCAAGGUGGGGUUUUGCCCAACAUUCAAGCCGUGCUCUUGCCAAAGAAGACCGAAAAGAAAGCUUAACUAUUCCCAUUCGACGCGGUUAUAUAACAAAUAAAAAGGCCCUUUUCAGG